AUGGAGAAGAAAGAGGUGUAUGCUGAUAUGGUUAUGGAUUGCUUCGGUAUUCUAUUGUCACAUGUGGAUGAAGAUAUGAAGGAUUCUGGUGUAUGUGCAACAUGUGUGGUUAGAUUACGGGAUGCUUGUGCCUUCAGACAGCAGGUGCUACAGUGUGAAGAGCUGUUCCUGCACUCAAAGCUUGAAGAUAAAGAUGAUCUGGCAGACCAGAAGAAGGAUGUGGAGCUGCCCCCCAUGGAGCUAAAGGCUGAACCGAGAGAUGAUGAUGGCAGUGAUCGCCUCACAAUCGAUGACGUCAUAGCAGGGGAGUACUCGGCGGACGACUUAGAAGAUGUGAAACCGAAAAGAGAAGACGAACCGACGGCUCCCACGCCCACUCUAGAGGAGUCAGGGCCUAUGGAUGAUGACAGUGACUACUCCCUCUCUUCUUCGGACUCCGACAAGCCAAUCAUCAGGAAACCUAAAAGCACGCGUAAGCGGAAAAUGGAGAAAGCGAACGGUGCGCAGAAGAAGAAGUCGCCCAAGGGACUCAGAAAGAGUAAACAGAAGGCUGGAUCUUCAGUCUCCAAGUCCCUGCCUAAGGUGGGCAAGAAACCGCCACCUGAGAAGAGGAACACCCACGACAGAGACCUCGACUGCAUGUCCGAGGAGAACCUGCUUACAAUAAUACAGUACUCCUAUGUGUGCCCAUUCAAAAAUAGGAGGAACAACUACUACUGCUUCUACUGCAAGGACUACUACCCGAAGCCAGAGGAUCUCAGGGAGCACACCGCCACCCACGACACGAAACCGUUCCAGCUCCUGAUGGGCUACAAGAAGAUGCCCAAGAUCGACAUAACCCGAAUAGACUGCCGCCUCUGCGCCGCGAAGAUAGACGACCUGAGCGCGUUCAAGCACCACAUAGACCAGGUCCACGGCAAGAAGAUCUACUUCGAGGCGCCCGACAAGAUGCUGCUCUACCGCCUGACGUGGAACGACCUAGUCUGCGUGAUGUGCGGCGGCGUGUUCGAGGACUUCAACACGCUGAACGCGCACAUGGUCGAGCACUUCAGCAACUACACUUGCGACGUGUGCGGUGUCUGUUUCUUGGAGAAGCCGCGCCUCGACGCCCACCUGAAACGGCACAAGGACGACGAGAGGCACACCUGCGAGGUGUGCGGCAAAGUGUUCAAGUCCAACCACUACAAGGACAUGCACGUGGACAUUGUGCACAGGAAGAAGGCGAUAAUCCGAUGCCCCCGCUGCGACGAGUGCUUCAUGUCGUACGCCCUGAAGAACAAGCACCUCACCGAGGCGCACGGCCAGCGGCGCACGUACCCGUGCAACCUGUGCGACAAGGUGUACAACCGCCAGAAGACUUUAACGGAGCACCAGAGGCGCAACCACCAGAAGGUGCUCAAACACCAGUGCGAGUACUGCGACCAGCGGUUCUACCUGCCCUCGAGGCUGAAGGAGCACAUGGCGACGCACACCGGCGAGAGGAACUUCCGCUGCGAGUACUGCGAGAAGAGCUACCCCAGGCUCAAGUCGCUGCAGUACCACAUACGGACGCACACGAACGACAGACGCUACCGGUGCCACAUAUGCGGCCAGGCGUUCAUACAGAACGCCAGCCUGAAGACCCACGUGAAGAGCCACCACCCGGAUUGCGAUGUCGAAGGCUGCUACUUC